CAAAAUAGAAUCUAUAAUUUCAUGGACAAUUACAUGAGAUCGCCUCGUACUUUAUUGUUUUCCUCAAGAACAGCUCAAGGAAUGUGUGACAUAUACGAAUGAUUGAGGGGAGUAUUUCAAGUGACGUAACAAGAAGUUUUUUGGUGCACUGAUCUGAUAUUUGAUCCGCUAUUUGAUUUGCUAUCAUCUUCAUCGGCUGCGUUGCUGAUUAAAGGUUAUUCACGCGGUCUCGUGGAAACUGCGGAAUGUGUUGUCGUGAUACAUAUCAGACGGAUAGUUCACGUUGGUGAGAUCAGUUCGUUUCUCUGUUUGAAAGAACGUUUUAUAGGAAAGUUGGGAGAAUAAGGAAGGCAAAGAAUAUCUACCUUAAAGAAGAAUCAACUGAAACCUACGAUUCAGACCAGCUCACUUGUUUAUCACGGAUCAGCUUCAAAUUUGAAAAGGAAACGAGAACCAUGCCAACUGGUAGGGCAAGUGAUACAACUCAUGACAAACCACUGAGCGACGAGUGUAGAAAGAUUCUGAACAGAGUAAAAUAUUGCCUUGUAAAAGAUAUGGAUGCAGAAGAAGUUUUACUAAAAAUGGCAGCUGAGAACGUCUUUACCACGACUGAAGAAGACAAAAUAAAAGCGAAGCCAACACGAUCGGAAAAAAAUGGGCAAUUGCUAGAAAUUUUACCAACAAAGGGUACAAAAGCCUAUGAAAUCUUCAAGAAAGUACUCCAGGAAGUUCAUCAGCACCUUGCAAACAUAAUUUUGGAACGUGAAAACACGGAACUGAGAAGUAAUGAAAACUCAGGGCAAGCUGACAGGGCAAGACAGGAAACUGACUCAAUUGAAAACGAACUUAGAAAGGAAGUCGUUACUUUUCAACGAUGCUUAUCAAUACUGGAAGAAGCGGGAAACUGUUGGAAGGAACUUGGAGCAGAACUUCAAAUAUCAGAAAGCAAACUUCGCAAUAUAGAAACAGAUCAUCAACGCGCUAGAGAUAAAGCAUCUGCCGUACUUGAAAAAUGGAGGGAUAUCAAAGGGCGUGACGCGACUGUAGGAUGCCUUUUGGACGCCUUUGAAAGAAGUGGCCAAAAAAGGAUUGCAGAUAAUUUGUUAGAGUUAUGGCGAGCCGAACUGUAGGACAGUCCCUGGCCGUGAGAAAGUAAACAACCGAGUGAAUUACUCAAAGAAUUUGAGGAAAGCAAUGCUACUUCAAUUAAAAAAAAACUGCGGGAAGGCAAAGUCAUAUGAUGGAUAUAAUUAUAGUUAGUUGAAUGAAUUGACAAUACCCUAGAUUUAAUGGGCUUGAAAACAUUUGCAUAGGCUUCCACUAGCUUGAGAGGCAGGGAGCAUUUUAAAUAUGUCAACCAAUUAAUUCUGCUUUAAUGUGAUAUAGACAAGUUGGAGGGAAAAAAUAUCAGCUUUCUUUACUAAAUAUCGAAAAGUUAGACAACUAACAAAUUUCUCUAUUAUGAUGUACAGGUAUACUUAUGCGUUUUUUAGUGAGCUGAAUCUAAAAAAUUUACGCCGACAUUCGCUUUUAUUUUCAAACUCUUUCCUCAGUCGUGUAAUGUGAUCUUCCGGCCGAGGGUAGUCCUGAAAAGGUCUGUUAACGGUUAAAGUGACUGAAGUUUGGACAGUUCCCAUUCGAAGCUGUGAGUACCUAAAAUGACAAUAUUUUUUGUCAAAACUGCCUAUUGGAUUUCUAAGCUUCUUAAUAGUGCCACUGAGUACGGAAAAAAGUUUGACGCAAGAGUAACGCUGGGAACAUGCAGUAUGAGAUAUAUUAUAAUAUCAGUUAUAAUUAUCGUAAAUCUGAAUGUCUCUGGCUAAGUAAACGAACGUCAUCGACACUGGAACUUUUGAAUCUUGAGAGUUUCCAUUCAAUUUCGCUUGGAGAGAGUACGACAAACGAACAACUUUUCAAAGGCGGAUUUAUUGUAAAUCUGAAUGUUCGACCACUGUUAGUUAUUAUUAGGCUACAUCGAAAGGUUACACAGUCAAGAAAAGAUCAAAGCCAUCAAACUUUGGACAAACCUA